UCAAUCCUUGCGGGUGCUUUUAUUGGAUCUGCCGCUGUCAAGCUUUGCUGAAGAAUUGGAAGGGCAAACGCUAGAAAGGCACUGAAAGACUAACAGAAAACAGCACUCUGCGGCUAUUUUUGCGCUUGUGCAUUUAUAAAUAACAAACAGUAGGAUCAAUUUUUCUAACUUGAAACUUAAGGUCGCACGGCAGAUCUUGUUUUUAUACGAUUCCAUUAUUCAGAGGUGGUACCACAGAUAAUUUGACAGCCUUUACAUCAUUUUUUUUUUGGGGAGGGGGGAGAAAAAAAUCGUGGGCCUCUGAUAAAACUGCAGCUCGUUUGAAAUGCAUUUUCUUCUUGUCACUUUUGUUACAUAACUGCUAACGGGAAUGUGAAUGAUGGUUUCACAAAACGGAUCCUGCUUGCUCUCUGUGUUAUUUUUGAGAGUUGAAAUGGCAUGCCUGGUUUGACCAAAACGCAUUUUCUUGUAUGGGGUGAGACUUCAGAUCAAAGCGGCUGCCAAGACGAAUUCUGCGCUUGGACAAUGCUUUAAGCCUGUUGAUUAUGAAUGGCACUGAAGUGGACCGAACUGUAGCAAAAUGAGGUUUGUGCCCCCCCUGCCUUGAAUUGAGAGGAGCCGAUUUGUUGAAAGGGAACAUUUUGUUUUUCUGGCAGAGAAAAUUUGAUGUUUUCUGCGUGGACAGGAGACAUCGUCGAUAAACGUGGAUAAAAAUGGAUAAAGCGAUUGCCUGAACCGAGGGAGACUGAGUUCAAAUUCGGGAGUGAAAAGUUAAGAAUUGAGUGUGUUGAUGAUGAUGAUGAUGAUGUGGGUACGAGGACGAAGAGGGGAGUGAGUGGAAGAGGAAUUGCGUAUGGAAUUGAAUUGUCGAGUUAAAAGUACUCCCGGAUUCAUGCAUUUGCAAGAGAAGGGCGCAUUUGUAAAAAAUACAUAUAAUUUACUUCAUGUAAAAGGCAGAAAGGAAAUCUAUUUCCUGGUUGGGGGGUGGGGGGGAAGGAAGAUAUAUUAUUCAGGGUCACUGCAAGGGAAACGACAGAGAGCGUUUUGCCUUAAGAUUAUGAGAAAGGAACAAGAAGACAGCGAGAUAUCCGAGGCAAGAAACACAAACUGAAGGGCAGAAGCGAAGCACUUGAGCAGAAGGAAUCGGCAGAAUUUGGGUUGAAGUAUGGGCUGUGCUUCAAGUAUCCAUAUCUCGGAUAGGGUGGUCUAUCAUAGUGGAAAAGACUCCGAGGAUUCCCACUCGCCACAGCAGACCAACGCCAACCAGCAACAAGGAAACCCAAGCCUGGGAUUACCCAUUAAAUCUUCUAGUUACAAGGCCACAUUCACAGAGGUGCAGUUCGGACCAAUGAGGCUUUACGAAGAUCAGCUUCAGGUACUGUUAGUUUUUGCCAAAGAGGACAGUCAGAGCAGUGGGUUCUGCUGGGCCUGCGAAAAGGCCGACUUCAGCUGCAGCGUGGCCCGCACCCCCGAGUCUGCGCUGGAAUGUCACCUGCAGAAGCACCACGACAUCAUCAUCAUCGACCACAGACAUUCCAGAUACUUUGACGCGGAAGCCUUGUGCCGGUCAAUUAGAGCUGUGAGCUUUUCGGAAAACACUGUGAUUGUUGCCGUUGUGAAAAGGCCAGAGCGAGAGGAAUCCUCGGUGAUGCCUCUUAUUACCGCGGGCUUCAACCGGAGGUACGUGGAGAAUCCCAGCGUGGCGGCCUGUUACAACGAGCUCCUGCAGCUGCAACACGGCGAGGUCCGCGCCCAGCUCAAGCUGCGGGCCUGCAAUGCUAUUUUCACCGCGGUGGAGCAGAGUCAAGAGGCCAUAGAAAUCACAAGUGAGGAUCAAGUGAUCCAGUACGUGAACCCCGCCUACGAGUCGAUCAUGGGAUACCAGCACGGAGAGCUCAUCGGGAAGGAGCUGCUGGAAGUGCCUAAAAGUGAGAAGAAUAAGCCUGACCUGCUCGACUCCAUCAACUCCUGCAUCCAGAUGGGCAAGGAGUGGCAAGGGGUCUACUACACCAUGAAGAAGAACGGAGACAGCGUCCCCCAGAGCGUGAAGAUCACACCUGUAAUUGGACAGGGAGGAAAGAUCAGACACUAUGUGUCUGUUAACCGGCCGUUAAACGACAAUAAUAAGACGGACAAGUCAUGUGAUCGCGUGCAAGCGGAGUCGCAGACAGACAACCAGUCCUGCAAACACAAGGACCGGAGGAAAGGCUCAUUAGACGUGAGGUCAACCACAUCUCGUGGGAGUGACGGAAGUUCCCAGAGGCGCCACUCUUCCAUGGCGAGGAUUCACUCGAUGACCAUCGAAGCCCCAAUCACCAAGGUGAUCAACAUCAUCAACGCGGCCCAAGAGAGCAGCCCGGUGCCAGUGGCCGAGGCCCUGGACCGCGUGCUGGAGAUCCUGCGCACCACCGAGCUCUACUCCCCCCAGCUGGGGACCAAGGACGAGGACCCCCACACCAGCGACCUGGUCGGGGGGCUGAUGACGGAUGGUUUACGGAGGCUGUCAGGGAACGAAUACAUCUUUGCUGCAAACAAGCCUCACCACCUCCCAAGCCACUUGAGCACCCCGCUGUCGCUCGGCGACAUCCCUCCCCGGAUCGCUCAGACCAUGGAGAACGAGGAGUCCUGGGACUUUGACGUCUUCACUCUGGAAGCAGCGACGAUGAAACGACCCCUGACCUAUUUGGGACUGAAGAUCUUUUCAAGAUUUGGGGUCUGUGAGUUCCUCGGCUGCCCAGAAGCGACCCUUCGGUCCUGGCUGCAGGUGAUCGAAGCGAACUACCACUCCAGCAACUCCUACCACAACUCCAGCCACGCCGCGGACGUCCUGCAUGCCACCGCGUACUUCCUGUGCAAGGAGAGGGUCAAGCAAAGCCUGGACCCCAUCGACGAGGUGGCGGCCCUGAUCGCCGCCACAGUACACGACGUGGACCACCCGGGCCGCACGAACUCCUUCCUGUGCAACGCGGGCAGCGAGCUGGCCGUCCUGUACAACGACACGGCCGUGCUGGAGAGCCAUCACGCCGCCCUGGCCUUCCAGAUCACCACCCGCGACGACAAGUGCAACAUCUUCAAGAACAUGGAGAGGAAUGAAUAUCGCACGCUCCGACAAGCCAUCAUCGACAUGGUCCUGGCCACAGAGAUGACCAAGCACUUUGAGCACGUCAACAAAUUUGUGAACAGCAUCAACAAGCCGUUGGCUGCUCUGGAGGAGAGCGGGGGGAACGGAGAUGAGGAUUCAGUGAAAGGCAUCUUGACGUCUCCGGAGAACCGGAUCCUGGUGAAGCGCAUGCUGAUUAAGUGUGCAGACAUCUCGAACCCGUGCCGACCCCUGGAGCUGUGUAUCGAGUGGGCGGGGCGCAUCUCAGAGGAGUAUUUUGCGCAGACUGACGAGGAGAAACAGGGUCUCCCAGUAGUGAUGCCCGUGUUUGACAGAAACACCUGCAGCAUCCCAAAGUCCCAGAUCUCCUUCAUCGAUUACUUCAUCACCGACAUGUUCGACGCCUGGGACGCUUUCGCAGACCUGCCCAACCUGAUGCAGCACCUGGACAACAACUUUAAGUACUGGAAGGGCCUGGACGAGCGCAAGCUACACAGCCUACGUCCCCCUCCCGAGUAGACGAGGGGCCUCCGGCAGCCGGCCGCGCUCCCCCCACACCGCGGGGCCUUCCCCAUACCUGCCUUCGGCGGAGCCUCGACCGCAUCGCGGCGGCCUGUGCGCCCCCCCGCUCCGCGAGGACUCCGUGCCCCGCUUUUGUUACAGCUCCCCACCCCCUCCCAGCAUACCUUUGCACUCACCCCUCAACAGAGAGAGAGAGGGAGAGAGAGAGAAUGGACAGAGAGACUGCCGUCGCUUGGCAGACUGCAUAGAAGACGGAACAGAUUCAUUUAAAACAACGAAAGGAAAGUUAACGGGAUAAGAGCUGGAACGAUUGGGAGCUGUGGGGGGGCAUGGAGGGUCACAUGACCCACAGGGGGACAGCACUUGGGGAAACAGACUUGUGCCAGAAAACUUUGCUUGAACUUUGCACCUGGGCAGAGACUAAAAUGGUUAAAAAAAAUUUAAUGUAAAACAAAAAAAAAAAACAGACUGGAUUUUACGCAGUGGUCUCGUCCCACUUGGUCGCAACUGAAGCACUGCCCAGAAGGGGGCGACGGUAAGGAAACCUCAGAUGGCCACAGAGAAUACCUGACGCCUUAGGCUGGGGGGGCCACACAAAUGACAGGGUCAUAUUCUCACUACAGAACUGUUUUGCACCUUCACUUUUUUCUUUGGUGUACAAGCCUGCCAGUUCUACGCUUUGGGAGGGUUUGUAGCAGUGGGAAGUGAUCCUGAGCGUGGGGGGAGGGGCUAUAAUUAUACAACGAGUACGUAGGAUGUGGAAUUCGUUAGGUUUGUUCAUUCUGAAAGACACAGCAAACCUUCCUGAGCUAAUCCCCGGCGUCCGCAUAUAGAAGUUAUGGUGUAUUUAUUUUGACUUAGGUGUUCAGUAUUUUCCAUAAAUUUCUAUGUGAUAAACAAAUAAAAUAGGUAAAUUAAUGAGUUUAAGAGCAAGAAAUAAAAGCCAAAGCUUAUUAACUGGACCGUUACGAUACGAGUCAUAUCCAUAAAAGCGUAGUUUUGUUUUACUUCUUAAAAUGAGAACGACACCAUUUAUAUUGCACUGUAAGACUACAAUACACAUGUCUGAGCAUGUCAGAGGAGCCGGUCAGAGGUUUGGGAGAAUUCUGUACCGUCACCACCGCCUCCGUCUCUGAGCAUGUGCCCUGCGCGCCUCACCUGCGCCCUCCAAGCAGUGUCACUCCGCAGCAGUGCUGGGGCCCACAAGCUCUCCAGCAGCAGAAGAAAAUCUGGGAAAAGUUCCGGACUUGAAAGAUUUUUUUUUCCCUCCUGGAGAUUUUUGUAUCUGGUUUAUCCUACUGAAAAGACUGCCUUAUUUUAUACAAUAUUUAUACAUCCCACUGUGUGAAUGAAGCAAGAGCGUGUGGACUUUUUAAUAAUUUAGGCAAAAGUAAUAAUCGAACAAAUUGAAAUAUUUUUGUAGACUACAUCUUUUACACUGGAUUGACAAAGGUGAUUAUGAGUGACGGUCUCGAUCUCUGCGGCGACGUUUCUCUGCAGUUUGACAGGCAUUUCAGUCACAAAAGAGACAGGAAAAAAAAAAUAUCGGGGGUGAAACAAAGAGGUGUGUCUAUCACUGUCUGAUGCCAGUCUGUGCUCCGUGUCUUUUGAUUUCAUCAUUUUACAUCGGCUUUCGGCGUCAGUGCCCAGAAAGACCUUUCAUCCACAGUUAAGAGACAGAAACGUGUGUAAGAAUAUCUGUUAAUGAAAUGAUGUCCUAUUUUUAAUUUAAAUGUUAUAUAAAUAUGCCAAUAUGCAUACAUAAGCCUACAUAAGUCAAUAUGAUAUAUUGACAUAGAGUUUUUUUUUUCUUUAGACAGAAGUGUACACUACAUCGGGAUUUGUAUGUUCAGUCUGAUUCACUUGUACUUCUGGUCUGAGAGCACCAAAAAAAAAUUUAAAGAGAGAAAUAUAUGAAGGCAAAUAAAAUAAUGACAAUUAAUACUUUG